AAGAAAAUUAUUCUUAGUUCGCGCAUAGCUAGAACCAAAUUGUAUCUGUAUAGUAUAUAUCAUAUAUACAUAUAUAUAUACUAUAUCGUGAAAAGAGUGAUUGCACGAAGUGUAGGCAAUUAUUAAAAUUUCAACAUGACAUUCCUGAAAACUAUACAACCAGGUUUAAAAUUAUUUCAAACUUCCACAAAAAUCUUAAAUGUACCUGUACGAACUAAAUAUUAUAUUAUAUCCACGGAGAAGCCAAAGUUUGUUGAUAAUGUAACAAACAGAUCAUUGUUGCUAGAAAUCAUACGUGGUAUUGGAAUUACAUUUUCUCACUUCUUUAGUGAACCUGCAACAAUAAAUUAUCCUUUUGAAAAGGGUCCCUUAAGUCCAAGAUUCAGAGGUGAACAUGCAUUAAGAAGAUAUCCUUCAGGUGAAGAAAGAUGUAUUGCAUGCAAAUUAUGCGAAGCAAUUUGUCCAGCACAAGCAAUCACUAUUGAAGCAGAGGAAAGAGCAGAUGGAUCCCGCCGUACAACAAGAUAUGACAUAGACAUGACAAAAUGUAUAUAUUGUGGAUUCUGUCAAGAAGCUUGUCCAGUGGAUGCAAUCGUGGAGGGUCCAAACUUUGAAUAUUCAACAGAAACACAUGAAGAGUUAUUGUACAAUAAAGAAAAAUUGCUGAAUAAUGGAGACAAGUGGGAAUCAGAAAUUGCUAGUAAUAUUCAUGCAGAUCAUUUAUAUCGCUAAAUAAAUUGUAAAAUUUAGUGAAAUAUAAUAAUAAUUAGUAGUAAUAAUAGAAGAUGUCUAUUAUGUGUGAGCUAUUUUAUCAAUAAAAUGCUCACUAUAUAUAUGUAUGUGUGUGUUUGUAUAUAUAUACAUAUAUCCUACAUAUUGUUAAUUUUAUUGCAAAAGAAGUUGUAAUGAUGGGACACUACUGAUGCUACUUUUCCUUAGCAUAUACUUACCAUAUAAAUGAAUUUAAUAACUCUGUUUUUUCCUUCCUAUAUAUUGGUUAAGUUACUUCAUUUAAAUCAAUAAGAAAGUAAAUAUUUAUGUAAAUAAAUCACGUUAUAAAAUCA